AUGUUAAAAAUAGAUCUAGAAAAGAAAAAACAAACCAUGGAAAAACUCAGUUCAUUUAAUGAAGAGCUUCUUUCAGCACUGAAAAAUAAAUCAGUGACUCAAAAGUUGGAAAUUUGGAUGGAAAACUUUGCACAGCGUUGGGAUAAUUUAGCCCAAAAACUUGAAAAGAGUUCAGCACAAAUUUCACAGGCUGUCACCACAACUCAGCCAUCACUAACACAGACAACUGUAAUGGAAACGGUAACUAUGGUGACCACAAGGGAACAAAUCCUUGUAAAACAUGCUCAGGAAGAAAUUCCACCACCACCCCCCCAAAAGAAGAGGCAGAUUACUGUGGAUUCUGAAAUUAGGAAAAGGUUGGAUGCCGAUAUAACUGAACUUCACAGUUGGAUUACUCGUUCAGAAGUUGUAUUGCAGAGUCCUGAAUUUGCAGUCUAUCGGAAAGAAGGCAACAUUUCAGACUUGAAAGAAAAAGUCAAUGCCAUAGCACGAGAGAAACCCGAGAAGUUCAUAAAACUGCAAGAUGCCAGCAGAUCAGCUCAGGCCCUGGUGGAACAGAUGGUGACUGAGGGUGUUAAUGCUGAACGCAUCAUACAAGCCUCAGAACAACUGAAUAGCCGCUGGACAGAAUUCUGCCAGUUGCUGAGUGAGAAAGUUAACUGGCUAGAGUAUCAAAACAACAUCAUUACUUUUUAUAAUAAGCUACAGCAUUUGGAGCAGAUGGCAACUACUGCUGAAAACUGGUUGAAAACCCAACCCACCACCCCAUCAGAGCCAAUAGCAAUUAAAAGCCAGUUGAAAAUUUGUAAGGAUGAAGUCAACAGGCUUUCAGCUCUUCAGCCCCAAAUUGAGCAAUUAAAAAUACAGAGCAUAUCCUUUAAAGAAAAGGGUCAUGGGCCAAUGUUCCUGGAUGCAGACUUUGUGGCCUUUACAAAUCAUUUUAACCACAUCUUUGCUGGUGUGCAGGCCAGGGAGAAAGAGCUACAGACAAUUUUUGACACUUUACCACCAAUGCACUAUCAGGAGACAAUAAAUACAAUACUUACGUGGAUCCAACAGUCAGAAAACAAACUCACUAUACCUCAUCUUAGUGUUACUGAAUAUGAAAUAAUGGAGCAAAGACUCGGGAAAUUACAGGCUUUGCAAAGUUCUUUGAAAGAACAAGAAACUGGCUUCAACUAUCUGAGCACCACUGUAAAAGAGAUGUCCAAGAAAGCACCUGCAGAAAUAACUCACAAAUAUCAGUUAGAAUUUAAAGAGAUUGAAGGGCGCUGGAAGAAGCUCUCUACCCAGCUGAUGGACAAUUGCCAAAAACUAGAGGAACAUAUGAGUAAACUUCGAAAAAUUCAGAAUCACAUAAAAACCUUGAAGAAAUGGAUGGCUGAAGUUGAUGUUUUCCUGAAGGAGGAAUGGCCUGCCCUUGGGGACUCUGAAAUUCUAAAAAAACAGCUGAAACAAUGCAGACUUUUAGUCAGUGAUAUUCAGACAAUACAGCCCAGUCUAAACAGUGUUAAUGAAGGAGGGCAGAAGAUAAAGAGUGAAGCUGAACGAGAGUUUGCAUCCAGACUUGAAACAGAACUCAGAGAACUUAACACUCAGUGGGAUCACAUGUGCCGCCAGGUCUACACCAGAAAGGAAGACUUGAAAUCAGGUUUGGAUAAAACUGUAAGCCUCCAAAAAGAUCUAUCAGAGAUGCAUGAAUGGAUGACACAAGCUGAAGAAGAAUAUCUAGAGAGAGAUUUUGAAUACAAAACUCCAGGUGAAUUACAGUCUGCAGUUGAAGAGAUGAAGAGAGCUAAAGAAGAGGCACUACAAAAAGAAACAAAAGUGAAACUACUUACUGAGACUGUAAAUAGUGUAAUAGCUCAAGCUCCACCUGCAGCACAAGAGGCCUUAAGAAAGGAACUUGAAACUCUAACCACCAACUACCAGUGGCUGUGCACCAGGCUAAAUGGAAAAUGCAAGACUUUGGAAGAAGUUUGGGCAUGUUGGCAUGAAUUAUUGUCGUACUUGGAGAAGGCAAACAAGUGGCUCAAUGAAGUAGAACUGAAACUGCAAGCCACUGACAAUGUUCCUGCAGGAGCAGAGGAAAUCACUGAGGUGCUAGAAUCUCUUGAAAAUUUGAUGCAACAUUCAGAGGACAACCCAAAUCAGAUUCGCAUAUUGGCACAGACCCUAACAGACGGAGGAGUCAUGGAUGAACUGAUCAAUGAGGAACUGGAGACAUUUAAUUCUCGUUGGAGGGAACUACAUGAAGAGGCUUUGAGGAAACAAAAGUUGCUUGAACAGAGUAUCCAGUCUGCCCAGGAGAUUGAAAAAUCCUUACACUUGAUUCAAGAGUCCCUUGAAUUCAUUGACAAGCAGUUGACAGCUUAUAUUGCUGACAAGGUGGAUGCAGCUCAGAUGCCUCAGGAAGCCCAGAAAAUCCAGUCAGAUUUGACAAGUCAUGAAAUCAGUUUAGAGGAAAUGAAGAAACGUAACCAGGAAAAGGAUGCCGCCCAAAGAGUUCUUUCACAAAUUGAUGUUGCACAGAAAAAAUUACAAAAUGUCUCCAUGAAAUUUCGAUUAUUCCAAAAACCAGCCAAUUUUGAACAGCGUCUAGAGGAAAGUAAGAUGAUUUUAGAUGAAGUAAAGAUGCACUUGCCUGCACUGGAAACAAAGAGUGUUGAACAGGAAGUCGUCCAGUCACAACUAAGUCAUUGUGUGAAUUUGUAUAAAAGCCUGAGUGAAGUGAAGUCUGAAGUGGAAAUGGUGAUUAAAACUGGACGUCAAAUUGUACAGAAAAAGCAGACAGAAAAUCCCAAAGAGCUUGAUGAAAGAGUAACAGCUUUGAAAUUGCAUUAUAAUGAACUGGGUGCAAAGGUAACAGAGAGAAAACAACAGUUGGAGAAAUGCUUGAAAUUAUCCCGUAAGAUGAGAAAGGAAAUGAAUGUCUUGACAGAAUGGCUGGCAGCAACAGAUAUGGAAUUGACAAAGAGAUCCGCAGUUGAUGGAAUGCCAAGUAAUUUGGAUGCUGAGAUUGCCUGGGGAAAGGCUACGCAAAAAGAGAUUGAGAAACAGAAGGCUCACUUGAAGAGUGUUACUGAACUAGGAGAGGCAUUGAAAACGGUGUUGGGCAAGAAGGAAAUGUUAGUGGAGGACAAACUGAGUCUUCUGAAUAGUAACUGGAUAGCUGUCACAUCCAGAGCACAAGAAUGGCUAAAUCUUUUGUUGGAGUACCAGAAACACAUGGAAACCUUUGAUAAGAAUGUAAAACAGAUCACAAAGUGGAUCAUUCAUACAGAUGAACUUUUGGAUGAAUCUGAAAAAAAGAAACCGCAACAACAGGAAGACAUUUUUAAGCGUUUAAAGGCCGAAAUGAAUGACAUCUGCCCAAAGGUGGACUCCACACGGGACCAAGCAGCAAACUUGAUGGCAAACAGAGGUGACCACUGCAGGAAAAUAGUAGAGCCGCAAAUCUCUGAGCUCAACUGUCGAUUUGCAGUCAUUUGUCACAGAAUUAAGACUGGAAAGGCCUCCAUUCCUUUGACGGAAUUGGAGCAGUUUAACUCAGAUAUACAAAAAUUGCUUGAACCACUGGAGGCAGAAAUUCAGCAGGGGGUGAAUCUGAAAGAGGAAGACUUCAAUAAAGAUAUGAGUGAAGACAAUGAGUGUACUGUAAAUGAAUUGUUGCAAAGAGGAGACCACUUACAACAAAGAAUCACAGAUGUGAGAAAGCGAGAGGAAAUAAAGAUAAAGCAGCAGCUGUUACAGACAAAACAUAAUGCUCUCAAGGAUUUGAGGUCUCAAAGAAGAAAAAAGGCCCUAGAAAUUUCUCACCAAUGGUAUCAAUACAAGAGACAGGCUGAUGAUCUCCUGAAAUGCUUGGAUGACAUUGAAAAAAAAUUAGCCAGCUUACCUGAGCCCAGAGAUGAGAGGAAAAUAAAGGAAAUUGAUCGUGAAAUGCAGAAGAAGAAAGUGGAGAUGAAUGCAGUGCGCAGGCAAGCUGAGGGCUUGUCUGAGAAUGGGGCCGCAAUGGCAGUGGAGCCAACUCAGAUCCAGCUCAGCAAGCGCUGGCGGGAAAUUGAGAGCAAUUUUGCUCAGUUUCGAAGACUCAACUUUGCACAAAUUCACACUCUGCGUGAAGAAACAAUGGUAGUGAUGACUGAAGAUAUGCCUUUGGAUGUUUCUUACGUGCCUUCUACUUAUUUGACUGAGAUCAGUCACAUCUCACAAGCUCUAUCAGAAGUGGAACAACUUCUAAAUGCUCCUGAGCUCUGUGCUAAAGAUUUUGAAGAUCUCUUUAAGCAAGAGGAGUCUCUUAAGAAUAUAAAAGACAAUCUGCAACAAUUCUCAGGUCAGAUAGAUGUUAUUCACAACAAGAAGACAGCAGCCUUGCAAAGUGCCACCACUGUGGAGAUGGUGAAGCUACAGGAAGCAGUGUCACAGCUGGAUUUCCAGUGGGAAAAAGUGAAUAUAAUGUACAAGGAACGACAAGGGCAAUUUGAUAGAUCAGUUGAAAAAUGGAGACACUUUCAUUAUGAUAUGAAGGUAUUUAAUCAAUGGCUGAAUGAAGUUGAACAGUUUUUCAGAAAGACACAAAAUCCUGAAAACUGGGAACAUGCCAAAUACAAAUGGUAUCUUAAG